AUGUCUCCUAGACGCCAAACACAUAGGGGGACUCCUCCUGUUGAGGAUGAUGAGCAGAUACCUAGGAGGGUUACAGAUACUUUUGGGCAAUUCUUUCGGCAGAUUGCCGCAGUACUCCCCGGUUCACGUACUGACUAUACUGUGGAGCGUGCUAGGAGGAACGGGGCUCAGACUUUUGCUUCCGCCACCACACCUGUAGAGGCUCAGCGGUGGCUUGAUAUGAUGGAGAGAGUUUUCUCCCAGAUAAAGUUUCCAGAGGAUAGAAAAGUGAAUUUGGCAGUACAGUUCCUUGAGGAUACCGCCUGGCAUUGGUGGACUGGUGUUGUCAAUAACCUUGCAAAUGCUGGCCCGAUGACAUGGGAUAUGUUCAAGGCCCAUUUCUAUGGACGGUACUUUAGUGAUGCCCACCUUAAUCGGAUGCAGGACCAGUUCUUGUGCUUGGUGAAGAGAGAUCAUCAGUCAGUGUUGGAGUUUGAGCAGGAGUUUCUUUCCUUGGCUCACCAUGUGCCGGAUUUAGUUCAUACGGAGCAAAGUAAGAUUCGUAGAUUUGUCCAGGGACUUGGAGGAAAGUUUAAGGAUAAGAUGUUAGGCACACCGUACAAGAGUUUUGGUGAGGCAGUAUCUUAUGCCAUGGACAUUGAGUCGAACUCACCUGCUGGGUUUCACCCUAGGGAUCCUGGUGGUCCUAGCCAGGGUCCAUCUAAGAGAGCUGCUUUCACUUCUGGUUCAGGAUCUUCUGGAGGUGGUAGACGUGUUAGCUCAGAUUCGAUCACCCUAUCUGAUUUUGGAGGACUUAAUAUGGGAGAUGGUCAGUCUAAGUGGUAG